AUGUUGCGUAACGUGGUGAAAGGUGCAGCUAGGAAAGCUAUAACGGAACUGUCCCAGUACCCGAAGCCCGGCGAGAAGCUCCAUGGCUUCACUUUAUUAAGGACAAAGCAUGUACCAGAACUCGAGCUGACUGCGCUACACUUACGACACGACAAGACCGGCGCGGACUAUCUACACAUCGCUCGCGAAGACAGUAAUAAUGUAUUCUCAAUCGGCUUCAAGACGAAUCCCCCAGAUGACACGGGUGUUCCUCAUAUCCUUGAGCACACAACAUUAUGUGGCAGCCAAAAGUAUCCUAUACGAGAUCCCUUCUUUAAGAUGCUACCGCGAACCCUGUCCAAUUUUAUGAAUGCUUUCACUGCUUCCGAUCACACCUACUAUCCGUUCGCUACGACCAACGCCCAAGAUUUUCAGAAUCUGAUGUCGGUAUAUCUCGACUCGACCCUCCACCCCCUAUUGAAGGAGACAGAUUUCACUCAGGAAGGUUGGCGCAUUGGACCAGAAAACCCCAGAGUUGCGGAGAAGGAUGGAGAAAUAGACGCCGAGGAUAGCAAGCUAGUCUUCAAAGGUGUCGUGUACAAUGAGAUGAAGGGUCAAAUGUCGGACGCUGGCUACCUCUUUUAUAUUCGCUUUCAAGACCACAUCUUUCCAUCUAUCAACAACUCUGGAGGCGAUCCGCAAAAGAUUACCGAUCUGACGUACGAGCAGCUGCGUAAGUUUCAUGCUGAGCAUUACCAUCCCAGUAAUGCAAAGCUUAUAACUUACGGGGACAUGCCAUUGGCCGACCAUCUCAAGGAAAUUGACGCCCAAAUGAACGCAUUCGAGAAGAUACAGACAGAUAUAGAACACAAAAAGCCAAUUGACCUGAGUGAUGGGCCGCGUACCGUGACGGUAUUUGGGCCGGUAGAUCCUCUUGCCGAUCCGGAAAAACAAUAUAAGACGUCAGUGUCGUGGGUCACUGGUAGUACCAGCGACGUGUUAGAGUCAUUUUCUGUAUCUCUACUCUCGUCCCUGUUAAUGGACGGAUAUGGAUCUCCGCUCUACAAGGGGCUCAUUGAAAGUGGGCUGGGUACGGAUUGGAGUCCAAAUUCCGGCUACGACGGGUCAGCAGCUACGGGAAUCUUCUCUAUUGGUUUAAGUGGAGUCGAGCAACCCAAUGUCGAGAAGAUUAAGGGCGAGAUUCAAAAUAUACUACGCGAGGUUCGUGGCAAAGGCUUUGAAAGAACGAAGAUAGAAGGAUAUCUCCAUCAGCUCGAAUUGAGUCUUAAACACAAGACCGCCAAUUUUGGACUUUCGGUGUUACAUCGUCUAAAGGGGAAGUGGUUUUCUGGAACCGAUCCCUUUGAUUCCUUAGCAUGGAACGAUACAGUCGCGGCAUUUGAGGCGAAGCUUGCUGAAGGAAGCUAUCUAGAGGGGCUAAUGGAUAAAUAUCUCCUCAACGACAAUACUCUUACCUUCACAAUGGCCCCUUCGGAAACGUACGGCGCGGAGAUUGCGAAGGAGGAAGAUGACAGGCUGCUGGCUAAGAUUUCCGAAGCUACUCAACAAGCCGGUGGGGAACAAGAAGUUCGAAAAAUCUUCGAGCAGAGAGAACUAGAUCUACUUGUUGAACAAAACAAGUCAAACACCGAAGAUUUAAGUUGCCUACCGACCGUUCACGUUAAAGAUAUCCCAAGACAAAAGGAGCCUGUAAUAGUAAGGGAUGAAGCGGCACACGGCACUACUAUUCAGUGGCACGAAGCUCCUACAAAUGGACUCACUUACUUCCGGGCUAUCAAUACAUUCGAAAAUUUGCCAGAUGAGCUCCGAUCCCUCGUUCCGUUGUUUACAGACUCCAUCAUGCGACUAGGAACGAAGGAUAUGACCAUGGAGCAGCUCGAGGAUCAAAUCAAGCUUAAGACGGGCGGUAUAUCUGUUAGCUAUUUGUCGACCGCAUCACCAACCGAUUUCCGUCAGGCUUCGGAGGGUCUUCUAUUACGGGGCACGGCUCUUGAUCGUAACGUACCCGAAAUGUUUGACCUGCUCCGUAAGCUCAUCUCGGAGACCAAUUUUGACAGUCCAGAGGCAGCCCUUCGGAUAAGGCAACUACUCGAAGCUGCAGCUGAUGGUGUUGUGAAUGACAUUGCCUCCUCCGGCCAUUCCUAUGCUCGAAGGUAUGCCGAGUCGAGUUUAACACGCGAAGGCUAUUUAGCCGAGCAAGUAAGCGGCUUAUCACAGGUUAAACUCAUAACGUCGCUAGCCGGACGACCGGAGUCUGAUCAAUUCGAAGACAUAAUCGAAAAACUUAAACAAAUACAGAAAUACGCAUUAGCGGGUACCGAUAUUCGCACAGCGUUAACAUGCGGCUCCGAUAGUGUUCAAGCCAACUCUACCGCGUUAUCCCAAUUCCUGGCAUCUCGAUCAACUGAUCCUGUCCAAUUUCCCGCUGCUGAAAAACAAAUAUUUGCGAGAGAUAUCAAAGCAUUCUUCCCACUUCCUUACCAAGUUUACUAUGGUUCUCUCGCGCUCCCAACUACCUCCUAUACAUCACCGCAAGGUGCACCACUUCAAAUCCUAGCUCAACUUCUCACUCAUAAACACCUUCAUCACGAAAUUCGUGAAAAGGGCGGCGCAUAUGGAGGCGGUGCUUACAUGAAGGGACUUGAAGGAAUAUUCGGGUUCUACUCAUACCGAGAUCCAAACCCGCAGAAUACUCUUUCCAUUAUGAAAAAUGCUGGCCGGUGGGCGGUCGAUAAGAAAUGGUCCGACCGAGACCUUGAAGAGGCCAAGAUAUCGGUUUUCCAGAGUGUCGAUGCACCCAGGUCAGUUAGUGCGGAAGGUAUGCUCCGAUUCAUGUCUGGUGUCACAGAUGAAAUGCAGCAAAAGAGGCGUGAACAACUUUUGGACGUUUCAAAGGACCAAGUCCGCGAAGCUGCUCAAAAGUACAUCGUUGACGCUCUAGGAAAUGGGCAGGAAAGGAUCACUUUCCUUGGAAAGAAACAAGAUUGGGUGGAUGACACCUGGAAGGUGAAUGAGAUUAACGUGGACAGUACUGAGUAA